AUGCACGCCUGCGGCCACGACCUACACAUGACCUGCCUUCUUGCUGCGACAGACUCCCUAGCCUCCCCCGCGCUCCGCGCCCGCUGGCACGGGACGCUGGUCGUCCUCUUCCAGCCCGCGGAGGAACACGGCAACGGCGCCGCCCGCAUGAUCUUCGACGGGCUCUUCUCCCCCACCUCGCCGCACAACAUCCCAAUCCCCGACGUCUUCCUGGGCCAGCACGUCCUGCCCGCCCGCGCGGGCACCAUCGGCAUGAAGCCCGGCGCCCAGAUGGCCGCCUCGGACUGUCUCAAAGUCACCUUCCACGGCCGCGGCGGCCACGCCUCCAUGCCGCACUUCACCAUCGACCCGAUCGUCAUGGCCAGCAGCGCCGUGGUGCGGCUGCAGACCAUCGCCAGCCGCGAGGUGCAAUCGGGCAGCGUCGACGGCCUUGGCGUCGUGUCCGUCGGCAGCCUGCAUGCGGGCAGCGCCGCGAACAUCAUCCCGGCCACGGCGGAGAUGGAGGUGAACGUACGCACGGCGGACGAGGCGACGCGGGCGAAUGUGCUGGCGUCCGUGGAGCGCAUUGUGCGUGCGGAGAGCGAGGCGAGCGGAGCGGAGAAGGAGCCGGAGAUCACGCGGACGUUGAGCUUCCCCGUUACCGUGAACGAUGCGGCGGUGACGGGGAAGCUGGGCGCGACGUUCAAGCGGCUGUUCGAUGAUGAUGGCGCAUCGAAUGAGGCUGGGGCCCUGUAUCGUUUCUGGCCCGAUUGGCCGCGCAGCAAUGCGUCAGAGGACUUUGGGUGUCUGGGCGCUUCGGUGGGGAAGCCCAGUUGUUUCUGGUUUUUUGGCGGCGUGGACCCGCAAGCGUGGGAUGCGGCGGAGAAGAAUGGGACGAUUGCAAGGGAUAUUCCUGUGAAUCAUUCGCCGUUCUUUGCGCCGGUUAUGCAACCCACGAUGCGGGUGGGAGUCGACGCGUUGGUUGGAGCGGCGUUGACGUUUCUGCAGAAAAGGGAGUGA